GCGCACCCACCCACACCACCAACAGGGAGUACCACCAAGUGCUGUUUUUCCAAGCCAAGGAGAAAGAUGGUUGCAAGAUGAGCCUGGGAGCCUCACGUUUACAAAGGUCAUGGAUCCUGAACCUAGCCAGAAGAACACAAAGAAGGGUGAGGAAGGGCCGAGAAAGAGGCUUGUCAAAGCAGAGGCUUUCCAAAGCAGCGUUUCAUCCGCGGCUACCUAUCUGGGCAGCUCAGCUCCUUUGCAAGGCUCUCCCCUUCGGGACGUUGCAUCGCAGCAGCUUUUUUUGAGGGAGGAGACCCAGGAGAAGACGGGACAAGCUCAACCCAAGCGUUCCUCUUUUGGACGCCCUCCCCACAUCUCCCAGCUUCAGCAGCACCCUCUGUCUCCAGCAUUCAUGCCUCCCCGGAAGCAGGAACACGUCGUUGAGGGGCCCGCAUGGCAUCUAGUGGACCCGGCUAGAGCAGGUCCCUCUGGUUCGUUUCCAUCCUCCGGGCUUCACUCUGGCCAUGGCCAGCUCAUACCAUCCCACCCUUCCAUCGUCCCCGAAGAGGACAUGCCCUCUGCUCCAAAGGUCUACAUCCCUCGUGCUUCACAGGCUUCCCUAAAAUCGUCAGAAGAGGGACACAAAAAGGAAAAGAAACCCCAGAAACCCGGUAAAUACAUUUGCCAGUACUGUAGCCGGCCUUGUGCCAAGCCGAGCGUCCUCCAGAAGCACAUCCGGUCGCACACGGGGGAGCGCCCGUACCCCUGUAUCCCAUGUGGCUUUUCCUUCAAAACCAAGAGCAAUUUGUAUAAACACCGGAAGUCUCACGCUCACCGAAUCAAAGCUGGGCUGGCUUCGGGGAGCGGGACCGAGUUGUACCCUUCCAGCUUGGAAAUGGAGAAGAUGGCUGGAGAGGAAUUUGAAGAGCCUACUGAAGGAGAAAGCACCGACUCGGAGGAGGAGACAGCAAGAAGCACGCCCGGCCAUUUGGUAGACCUGUCGCCCAGGCAAAAGCAAACCAUGUUGUACGGGUCAGGGAGUCAAGGCUCUAGCCAAGAGAGCUCUUCAUUUUCUCAUUCUAGCCUCUCUCAGUCUCUUGACGACAGCAGCCAGUUUGUGGAGCCAGGCUCGGAGCAUGCCCAGAGUCAUAAAUCGGAGGAGACGCAUACUAUCAAACAGAAGCUUGCUCUCCGACUCAGUGAAAGAAAGAAGGUGAUUGAGGAACAGGCUUUCCUUAGCCCGGGCAGCAAAGGGAGCACAGAGUCGGGCUAUUUCUCCAGGUCAGAGAGCGCCGAGCAGCAAAUCAGCCCACCAAACACCAAUGCCAAGUCUUAUGCCGAAAUUAUUUUUGGCAAAUGCGGGCGGAUUGGCCAGCGGACUUCCAUGUUAGCGGCAGCCACCACCCAGGAAUUUCCCCAGGUGUCAACUGAAGAGAAACUUAGCACCGUUCCUUUGUCUGUGCCCAGGACGCAGGUUAUUGAACAUAUCACCAAACUGAUUACCAUUAAUGAAGCUGUUGUUGAUACUAGUGAGAUAGAUAGUGUCAAGCCUAGGAGAAGUUCUUUGUCUAGACGCAGCAGCAUUGAAUCACCAAAGUCUGGUGUGUACAGAGAGCCCUUUCCAUUAGAAAUCAAACCUGGCUCUGGUAGCCAGCUUGACUUGUCAAAGUCGUUGAUCCCCCAUGUUGAAAAAAUGAAGCCUGAACAAUCACUGCUACCACUCCAGCAUUCCCACAGUGCCACAGAGACAGUGCCUCUCCUUCGAAGCCACUCUAUGCCUUCAGCUGCGUGCACCGUGAGUUCCCCUCAUACCUUCCGAGGUAGUUAUUCUUUUGACGACCACAUCACAGAAUCGGAGGUCUCAAGCCGUGGUCAGGUGUCUUCCCACCCACGCAUGCUAAAACGGCAGCCUGCCAUUGAGCUACCAUUGGGAGUGGAGUAUGGUUCAGAGGAAGUCAGUGCAGCAAGCAAAGAAAGCUCUUCCAAACCUCUUGAGGAACAAGAAACCAAGGACAGUGAGCUCACCAAAAAGUCGAGGAGAGGUGCCAAAGCAAAAGGAUUCAUGUACGAGUGUAACAUUUGCAGUGCUCGAUACAAGAAACGGGAUAAUUAUGAAGCCCACAAAAAGUAUUAUUGUUCGGAACUCCAGAUCUCUAAGCCCUACUCUUCCAGUUCUCAGGCUUCAUCGGAAGCCGAGAAGGGUUUUGUAGAAUCCGAUCCUUGGCCACAGAUGAUGCAUUAUAAGCUGGGAACGAGCUUAGAACUGACACCGCUGAGGAAAAGGCGCAAAGAAAAGAGCCUUGGUGAUGAUGAGGACCCCCCAGCUUUUGAGAUGACUGAAACAUCCUCUUCUAGUGCUGGGCAAGCCACUUACUUUACUAGCUUGAAAUCCACUGACGUGGCCUUGAAUAUAACUUCCGAGUCCAUUAAGUCACCAGCAGAUCCCAGUAAAUCCAUGCUGCUUUCCGACGUUAGUGUCAGCUUUCACCCUAGGAUGGCAAAACCAUCUUUUGGUACAGAAGGCAAGGAGAGGAGAACAACCUCAAAGGAGAUCUCUGUCAUCCAGCACACAAGCUCCUUUGAGAAGUCUGACUCUGUAGAACAGCCAAGUGGCUUAGAAGGAGAGGAAAAGCUGUUGUUGCCGUAUGCGUCUCACCCGGCAUCCCAGCACAGCCGGCCGGCUCAUUCCCUGCAGCCAAAGCUUGUGCGGCAACCCAACAUACAAGUCCCUGAGAUCCUGGUCACCGAAGAGCCUGACAGGCCAGAAAUGGAGCCAGAGCCUCCCCCUAAAGAGCCGGAGAAGACAGAGGAAUUUCAGUGGCCGCAGAGAAGCCAGUCUCUUUCCCAGCUGCCUGCGGAGAAGCUGCCGCCCAAAAAGAAGAGGUUGAGAUUAGCUGAAAUGGCUCAGUCUUCUGGAGAGUCUAGUUUUGAGUCAGUCAGGAGCCCGAGUCAGGAGAGCAGCAUCUCCCAUGCCUCCAGCCACUCGACAUCAUUUGAACGUGAGGAAGCUGCUUCCCAGUCCUCUGAACCCCAUGCGAAACCUCUUGGCCUUGGCCCGCAUACGCUAACUGUGCCGAGCCAUCACCACCACCCCCCUCACCACCCUUCCCGAGAAAUGCGGAGAUCCGCCUCCGAGCAGACGCCCAACGUCUCUCCCUCCUCAGCAAUGUCAGAGACCCGCAGCAAAUCGUUUGACUACGGGAGCUUAUUGUCCUCUUCUGCUUCCCUCUCCUGCCCUCCGACAACAUCAGCACCGCAGGAGAGGAGGAAAUGUUUCCUAGUUAGGCAGGCGUCUCUCGCCGGGCAUCUGGAGCACGAGCCAGACUCUGGUCCCAAAGGAGGGGCAGAGACAGAAGAGCUGCUUCAGUCUUCAAGCAAAUCUUCUGCUGCAGGUUUGUCCCACCAGCAACCACCACCACCACCACCACCACCCUCCUCCUCCUCCUCUUCUUCUCACAGAGGCUACCCAACUGACAAGGGCAAGCCAAAAGACUGCCCUGAGCCCAUGUAUAUCCAUCCCUACACUGAAGCUCUGCAGGUGUUCCACCACACAUCUCCGCAUUUAACGCUUCAUGAAAAGCAGUAUAUGACCCCACCGAUCUCUCUCUUGCCAUUCCAACAUCUGUUGCCACAGUCGGGACCGUCUGUAGAGAUAUUCUCCACCCAGGCCAUGACUGACAUCUUCUCUGCUCAGUACUCCAUCCCACAUAUACCUCACUCCAUCUUUGAGAACACAGCCAUUCCACUGCAAGAUGCUUUGUUGCACCCAGGUCAGAUUCACAUUGCCCCUCCGCUGCUGCCACACCCAGCUGAUGUUGCGCUCAGACAGAGCCCAUCCCUAGUCCCUGUCCACUACCCAGGCUCCCCACCGCUCCCUUCUGCCUUUUUCCUCCCCCUCCAGUCCCAGCUUGCUCUCCAGUUGCCAAGUGAGAUUGGCGACCAUUUGCCCCGACUCAAAUCCAGCCUCUCUCCAGCGACUGGAAGUUCCAUCUUCUCUCCAUCCACAGAUUAUAGCUCUGAGAGCAGACUGCAUAUUUUGACUCGACCUAGCAGCCCCUCUGCAUCCAUCUCCAUCUCCCAGUUGGUGGUACCUGCACGUCCUGAGCCUGUAGUGUCCCUUGUUGUCCCAGUUCGCAUUCAGACUAACAUGCCAUCCUAUGGAAGCGCAAUGUACACAACCCUUUCUCAGAUCCUGGUCACUCAGUCCCACUGCAGUGCUUCUUCUAUCAUCCUGCCCAAAUUUGAUGAGUAUCAGACCAAGGGUACCUUAGUCUGCACCGCCAACGUUCAUGGAAUCGGUCUGGACUUGGCACAGAUGAUCACUGAAGAACAGAAGAACAUCUUCCAGACUCCAUACCUGAGACUGCCAUUAUCGCUGUCAGAAAAGAAAAGUUACAUUCCCCUCGGCUCCCCAUCUGAAAACAUCUUAGAUCUCGAAGGGAGCCCAUCAACCGUUGGAGGAAGCAAGCGGAUGCUGUCUCCAGCUGGGAGCUUGGAACUCAACAUGGAAACCCAGCAACAAAAAAGAGUGAAGGAAGAAGAAUUCUCCGAAAUGGAGGAGAAGCUGGAAGUAGCGACGACACCCAGUGCAAUAGAGGAAGGGGAAAAGCACAACCAAAGGGGAGUCAAGGCAGAAACACCCCAUGACAUAUCACCUGAACAGUCAGAGUCAGAGGAAACUCAGAGUACUUCACGGCCAGCCUUGUUGCAGCCUGAGGCCUCGAGCUUUGAGGGGCAAGAGGAAUAUAAGCAGCCAGCUGGCAAGCAGUCACGGAGCAAGGAUCUUCCACAGAUGGUGAAGAAGGAAUAUUCCAAAGAGUCCAUGGAGCCUCCUGUGGCAAGCUCCCCAAGCUCAGUCCUUCCAUCUGAAGCUGCUCAAAGUUCAAAGAAGUCUUGCAAUGGGUCAGAUGUCAAGAAGGUACUUCAGUUCCCCAACCUCCAUACAACGACUAAUGUCAGUUGGUGCUAUUUAAAUUACAUAAAGCCAAAUCACAUCCAGCAAGUUGACCGGCGGUCCUCAGUGUAUGCCAGCUGGUGCAUUAGUUUGUAUAAUCCCAACCUCCCCGGUGUCUCCACCAAAGCAGCCCUUUCACUCCUGCGCUCCAAGCAAAAGGUGAGCAAAGAAACCUACACCAUGGCUGCUGCUCCACGUCCAGAGACAGGGAGGACUGUGCCCUCAAGUUCCAGGAAUCCCAAAAUGUCGGAGGUUCAUCUGCCUUCGCUCCUUCCUAAUGAAGGUCAAAAGGAUGAAAUGAGACCUGAUAAGGAAGAGGAGAAGAAAGGAAAACCGGAAGACGACAUUCCCAUAUCCAAACGAGGGGAGCCCGCCAGGAUCAAGAUCUUUGAAGGAGGGUACAAAUCAAACGAAGAGUAUGUGUAUGUGCGAGGCCGUGGACGAGGGAAGUAUGUAUGUGAGGAGUGUGGAAUUCGCUGCAAGAAACCCAGCAUGCUGAAGAAACACAUUCGCACGCACACAGACGUCAGGCCAUAUGUCUGCAAAUACUGUAACUUUGCUUUUAAAACCAAAGGGAAUCUGACUAAGCAUAUGAAGUCAAAAGCCCACAGCAAAAAAUGUCAGGAAAUGGGUGUGGUGGUGUCUUCACUGGUGGAGGUAGAAGCAGAUGAAGGAACCAGCGAAGAUCUCUUCCAAGAUUCAGAAGGGCAGGAGGGAUCUGAGCUACUUGAAGAACACCAGUUUUCAGACUUGGGAGAGUCUGAUGACAACGACGAUGAAGAAGAGGAGGAGGAGGAGGAGGAGGAGGAGGAGGAAAGCCAAGAGGAGCCACCUGUGAAGCUUUCAGAAAUGAAGAACAUCUCCCUGCCAGGACAUUCUCCAAGAAGUUUUCACUCCGCCCAGGAGAAAGUCACCAGGACAGCGUUGCCUACUUUGGAAGAUGUUGUCCAUAGCAGAAAGUGUGCUGGUCAGAGUCCCCAGACCAGCUUUUCAGGGCCAGAAAUGAAAUGGUCAGCUGAUAGCAGUGAAGUUGCUGUCUGCCACAGCUUCUUAAGACUCCAUCGGCCAGUUUUGACCUCCAGUGGGCUCUUAGCUUCUGCUGAGAAGGAAUUGAUGACAAGGCCUCAGAUGUCCUUAGCAAUGGACUUGUCCAUUUCCAAAGACACCUCUCCUAGAAGGAAGGGGUCCCCAAGCAAGGACUCUGGCCCUGGGAGUAGUGGCAGUAACCACUCCAUAUUGGCUAGGAAGCACCUGUUAACCAAAAAUGAAACUUCACCGAAAAGGUUUUUGCCAACUGGAGAAACUGCUUCCCUGAGGUGCUUCUCUGCAGGGGUGGGGAAGUCCUCCUGUCACCGAUUGUCUCCAAGGAGAGAGGUGUUUCCCCUCCAUAGUAUGUCGCCAAGACUUGAGCUCUCACCCGGCAGGUACAUGUCUCCAAAAAGAGAGCUGUCAUCACGAACGUACCUUCCACCAGAGCGAGGCGUGUCUCCUAUGAGACGUGUGUCCCCAAGCAGGGAUAUAUCAUCAGCCAGAUACUUAUCCUUAAAGAAGAUGUUGUCCCAAAGCUAUUCAGAGCCACCUUCACGCUACCCGUCCCCAGGAAGAGAGGACUUGCCUUCUCGUAGCCUGUCGUCAGCAGAUGAAAAAGUUCAAAGCCUGUGUAAAACUCCGCAUGGGAUACAGUCUUCAAUGCCUCUACCUCACAGGUCCCUCGGAAAAAACACAGAACUGUAUGAAGAACCUAAACUGAAGACAGAAUCCAGGAGCCCAGCAAGCUCACCAGGCAUUCCUCAGCAUCUCUGCAUAAGGCCUUUGCAAUCGCCUCAAGAAAUGCACACCCAUGCACCAAGCCGGGUGGAUGACUAUAUCUUCAGUCAUCUCCCAUUGCACUCGCAGCAGCUCCCCAGGAGCCCAUUCCCUAUGAUUCCGAUUGGGGGCAUCCAGAUGAUCCAGGCAAGGCCCAGUGGCCAUCCCAGCUUGGCGCAUGGAUCAGUGAUGUCACUGCAAGCCAGCUACUUUACCCCCGGUGACGACUUUUCUGAACCUGGCCGAGCGAGAGGAAGGGGCAACAAGGCCCAAGGCCCAGAAGAAGCCCGUUCCUCAUCAGCAACCCUGACGCCUACGAGCAGCAGGUACCUGGACGAGAAAACAAGGACUAGCGAGCAUCAGCAAAAGGCAGCCCAGGAGGAAUACAGGGUAAAAACAUGCACCAAACCUGGCGACUCGGAGCAGGGAAGCUGUAUGGCCACCCGAGAUAGUCCCUGCCCAGAGGAUGAGUGCUCUCCAAAGCCUUUGGAGAGUAGAGGAGACCCAGGCAAGAAUGGGAAGGGACAGCAUAGCAGCUCACACACCUCCUUUGAAUCCACCUGCACUUUGAUCUCAGACUUCCCCGCUCAGACGCUGGACAGGAGCAGCAGCACCGGCUGCCUGCUGGAGCACUCAUUGAGCCUCUCUUCGCGCCAGCCUUCUGUCAGGAGAAGGAACCUCUCAGGAGAGCCAGCUCCCCCUGCGGGGGCACACAGUAGUAGGAGGAGCCCACCCUUGGAACAAGUCAGCUUCACCCUAACACAAAGGCAAGUGGACCACGAGACAGGAAGCGCUUAAGUCCUCCUGCCGUCUUUUGACCCAAGCUGCCCACGUAAUCAACAGACCGUUGCCCGUGCAGUUGGUUUUCAAAGUGAAAGGAACAACAACAAAAGAAACCCAGCUCUCUAGCAUAUGACCAAACCCACGGAGACUGUUGCUGGUUCUUCUCUUUGUUUCAGUCUGAUAUUGUUUCCACAUGUACAUGUGUGCCUUUUCUAGACUUGUGUGUGUGUGUGUGUGCGCGCGCAUGUGUGUGUUUGGUUGUUGCUUGAAAUACACCAACAAAUGAAAGCUAUGAUUUAUUAUUCUAAUUAUUAUUUUUAAAAAGAAAUCUGGAAUGGGGCUUGGUGUUAGAUCUCCAUCCCCGUUAUGAGCUCUGGGCUCAACCACAUGCAGACAGGAAAGGGCUGAGAAGCAUUUCCAACCAACGCACUGAAAAACUUUUUAAUGAAAAUAAACGCCUCUUAAAAGAGAAUGGUUGAAUUAUUAAGGGGGGGAGGGACAACCCUGCCCCCAUGUACAGAGAGUUACAACCUCCCCCAUACCCCUUAUUUAUUACUUGCUUUAUUUAAUAUCUGGCAAAGUGCUUAUUAUUAUAUAAUUAUUCCUUCUAUUAUUUGCAUUACUCUGGUUGCCUAUAAAUGUGCUUUAAGUACAGUUGUGACUGCUUUAGAUUUGGAAAGGAGAAAAAAAGAGAGAGAAAGAAAGAAAGAAAUGUUUACCCUUGAAUUGUAAAUUAAACUAGCACUUGUUUUUUAUGGGGAGGGCCCAGUAACGGUGAAAGAUAAUCUCUCCAAAACAAAGAAUCUCAGAAUGUGCCUCCCAUAUAAAAAUCCCUCAAAAGCACUUUAAAAAAAAAGACACACACACACACAAUAUUCCCCCUCCCGAAGAGGGGGGGAAAAAAAGAAAUUGUAAAAAAACAGGAAUGUAUUGAAUGUAAAAAUUGUUCUGAGAAUGGCUUUCUGGCCACCAUCUUUGCUUUAAUACUGACAUUCCAUGACUUGGCUGCUGCUUUGACACAUGUGCACAAUCUCUAAGGGGUGCCUUUCACCAGCCGCUAGGCAUAGGGGCUGGGCUGUGAUCCCUGGGGAUCCUGCCCUUUGGAAGUUUGCUCUGUAGUCUGAGAAAUAAUAACUCAGCUUUUGAUUUACUUAUUUUUACUUUAAAUCCCGAUGCAGAAAAAUCUCCUCUGAUCCCUCUUUUGGAAAUCAGAAAAAAAGGAAAAAUAAAAACAGGAUGCUUACCUAUGAAAACUGAUGUUCUUUGAGUGGUUAUCUGUGUGAUCCCAGACAUGAACUAUGAACCAUCUGCUAAGAGAUGAACACAGCUAUGGAACCAGAAAUGUGGCUAUGCUGCAAACUGAUAAUGGGGAUCUGGGCCCCUCCUAGGUGUUGUUGGAUUCAACUCCCAUCAGCCCCAACCAGCAUAGCCAAUGGUCUGGCAUGAUGGGAGUUGGAUCCCAACAACAUCUGGGAGACCACAGGUUCUCCACCCCUGCCACGAAUCAAGACUAAAUACAUGCUUGUGUUAUAUCACACCCAAACCAUAUCUGUAUUUCUGGUUCUGUCAGUAGCGUGUGGUGUGGUAAGGCAGUGACGCUGGUACCCAGGAGGUAGAGGGGAAGGGGUGAGGUCAGAAAAGUGUGGAUUGACUCCACUGAUCUGUUUGCACCAUUCCGAUGUCGCCACCGGCUCUCCCUCUACCUCCCAGUAAGCAGCAGUGAUGCAACUGAAUGGAGGUCAGGUGAGCAGCAGUACCCAUCAUGCUGUCCACUACUGGGUUGUAUUAUUAGUCUUAGAUGUGUUUUAUCUGUAUCACGUCACCCAUGCGUGGAACUGAAUAGACACCACAAAGAAGUAAUUAAGCAUUUGUAUUUUAUUCCUCCACCCCUUUUUAAAUGGAAUACUACAAAUGUUAAUUGAUCUUAUUUAGUGGGCCCUUUCAGCCCAUACAAUCUUAUACAAGUAAGCCCUAUCGAACUCAGUGGGGCUUACUUCUGAGUAGACAUGGGUAGGAUUGAAUUGUUUGUAUUUCAGAUCAAUAGGUUGCAAUGGCAAAAGCGCUAGUGAAUUUUAAAAGGUGGCCAUCCAGAAGAGUGCAGUAGCCUCAAUGGCUAACUAACCUGGUGUCACAUACAGAAUGAUGCCAUGAUGAUGCCAUUUUAAUAGUGCAACUGUUAAAACAGUUGUGCAUUCUGAUCUACAGCAAGUGCAUUCAUUUGAAGAGUCUGUUGCUCUAAAUGGAGCCUGUACAGACAGUUUUCAAAAUUAACUACGCAAAAACCCGUUCCACAAAUAUUUAACCAAUGGACCAGAUGUUCCAUUAUAAUAUAUGCAUGCUACACACACACAAACACACGCAAAGUACAAAUAAAAUAAAAUCCUGAAUUUAUAUAUAUAUAUAUAUAUAUAUAUAUAUAUAUAUAUAUAUAUGUAUAAAGCAGGCAUGGAAACCCAUGAACUUUUACUAGCGCAUAGGUGAAUGACAUGGAAUGAAUGGGAUUUGAGUUGAAUAAGUUUCUGUGAUGUAUCAUUUCAUUUUUGUGUUGUAUUAGAUAGUUUUGGUGGAGCUUCUUUCUUUUUUUGGGGGGGUCAAAAUAAUGUAAUUGUGAAGAUGACCAAACUGACGCUGGAAUUUCACUGUUCCCUGGAAAUCUCCUUUCAUGAUGGACAAUGGUUGUUCUUGUUGCUGUUUUCUGCUUGGUUUACUUCUGCUUCCACUACCUUUCAGUGCUAAGGUCUAGAAUGAUCUUGUUAUACAAUCUGCACUGGUGGCCAGUACCUAAUCUGAGACUUUAUUGAAGGUCCAAUACAAUCCUCUUUGUCAACAGGUCAUGGGGACGAACAUCUGCCACUGGGCUAAAGCCUGGCUCCAAUGGAAAUCGGUACCACGCUCACAUUAUCUUCAGAAGAUACAAAAUGUCACCCGUCAACUUCACUGAAGGAACAAACCCUGGAUCAGAACAUCUGUGGGCAUUGUUGGAGAGCAGCACCUUAUCUCUGCCAUGGUUUUGAAUUCUGUACCAUUUCAGGGGGUUGAUUCCCCUCCAUUCCCAUCACUUAACCUAUUUUUCAUGCAGCUCUUUUUGGACAAAAUGGUUUUCGGUAUUGAGCCAUUACUGGGCAUUUGCUCAUCUAUUCUCCAUUCAUGCUCUAAGCAUCCCUGGUUUUCUUUUGAGGCUAGAUCUAAUGCAACCUGGUGCUCAGUUUUCAGCCUUUGGAUUGAUCUCUCCUUUGGAUGCAUUGGAAGUGAUGUUUCCUAUCUGUUCUGAUGGCAUCUGUAAACAACCCAGAGGUAAUAAUAAUAAUAACUUUCCUGGGUAUGUUUGCCUGUUGCUCUUGAACCUUUUGUAUUCUCUGUUGGGGCUCUACAGAGGGAUGUUCCAUCCAUAUUGCAUUGCAAACAGGCAAACACUGCAAAUGUAAAUAGUGUCAUCUACUUAUUAUCCUAGUGAGUGCAUGUGCAUGUGGGGCAAAGGAACAGAGCACAGGCAUCAUUGGCACAAGACCACAAUGCUAAUUGAACAGGCUGACAGGCAGAGCAUCCAAGACACCGUGCAAAGCUCUGUGGCUUUGGAUGUCAACAUCUGUUUCCUUCUCCUUCUGUAGAGGACUCUACUUGAACUCUUCCUUUUAUUUUCUAGUUGGGAUCUGACAAGUGCCUAGAUCCUGAAUAUUCAUGCCAGUGUAUCUGCCCAUGACAGCAUUUUGCCCUUUCUGAGACAUCAAUGUAAUGUCAGGUUCUCCAGUGAUGGCAUGGCAUAGCUUAUACAAUGGCGUAUCUGACGCUUAAGUUAUCACACACAAGGGUUAAAUGGGCCUCUCUUGCACAAUUGGUGGCAGUUGUGAGUGCAGGAAUGGAAAUUCUCAUUAGUGUAGAUUUCACAUUCCCAGAAGAUAUCAGCUUAGGCCAAGAUGGUUUUAAGCCUCACAUGUGAAAAAAGCUUUGAGAUAGUUUUUGAUACAUGCAAAUGAAUGAAUACAAUUAUCUCCUUCCACUCAUCCUUACCAAUCAUCGAGUCUUCUGAAAGUCUCUGGGGCAUUUUUUGGUGGCCUAUCUAAGUGCACUCGCUGGCCAGGUGGAGCUGGCUCUCCUUGUGGCAAGCUAAACACCCUAAGGGCUCAAACUGCAAGGUGCUGAGCACUCUAGGCAGACCUAGCAAAGCCUUAAGAACGUGCCUCACCUGAAGCACUUAAAUUGCCCCACUGAAGGUCAAGUUCUGGGUCAAUCUCAAACGUUGCUGUCUGGUCUCCACAGUGUGGUGCUAUAAUGAAAGCCAACAAAGACAGCCAUGUGUCAGAAUGGUCCCCUAUCAUGUCCUUGAACUAAAGAGACCUGGCAGAUUCUAUCAUUCAUUUUUUUGUUAUUAAAAGGUUUUUUUUCCAUAUAUGUAUGUAUGUGUAUAUAUAUAUGCGCAACUGUGGGUUAAAACUCCCGUUCCAAA